AUGUUGAAGCAUUCUUUAAAUUAUUUUGCUCAUGCUGCUAAUUCAUUCCAAAUAGUUUUCAAAGCUCAAUCGCAUACAUCUUCAAAAGAGUUAAAACGUUUUUAUAAACAAGUGACAAUUAAUAAAAUAAAUCAAUGCAACAACUGGGGAAUUUUUUUAGAUGGUAAACCACUAAAGACACCUGGAGGCAAAGUUUUGGCAGUUACUUCCUCAGAAGGUUCUAAGCUUAUAGCAGAUGAAUGGAACAAGCAACAUGAUAUUGUGAACUGUCGUGAAAUGCCUUAUACAUCUUUGGCUAUUCAAGCUCUUGAUUUGAUUGAAUCACAUUCUAAUCUUGUUGAGAAGAAAAUAUUAGAAUAUUUACGCACAGAUUGUUUUCUUAUACGACCUAAAAACUUUCAAGAAUCUCAAAACUUUAUCAAUAAAGACUAUUUAGGAAGCUUGGAACCUCUCCAUUGUAAAAUUCAAAAGUUUUAUAAUCUUAGUGAACCAUUAAAAAUGUCUACUAAUUUGGAAAUCCCUGCACAAAACGUACAGGAUUUAGACAAACUAGCGUAUCAAAUACGAAAACGUAACCAUCUCCAGUUAAGCUGUUUAUUUACAGCGACACAAAUUCUUCAUUCGUAUUUACUUUCAUUAGCCAUGCUGGAUUCAUUAGAAUCCGUCGAUAAGAUUCUAUAUGCAUCCAUGAUUGAAAAUAAAAUGCAACAACAAGUUUGGGGUUCAACAGCCACACAAAAAAAAGAGGAAAAAGAUAUCAAGCAACGGCUUGUUGCAACACACAUGUUUCAUACACAAGUGGCAUGA